CUUAGCUAUUAUUUCAAUUCAUUGGACAAACCCUAGUGUUGGGGGAGGGGAGCAGGCAGCAGUACCACUAACCCAUGUCCCCCCUCUCUGUUGUCAAUGCUUGCUGCUGGAGGAAGGAAGGAGCGCCAUUGAAUUGCAUUUUAAUAAUAUUUAAUAUUUAUAUUAUUAUUAUUGUAUGGCUGCUGCAAAACUAUCUGGAAGAAGGUGCUAAAGCCAGUCUUUAAUCAAGGACACAAGGGCUGUGAGUAGAGUUUAUUUGUUACAAAUAAUUCCUUCAUUGAAAGAUCACUGAAUUUAUUUCACUGUUUUAUUACCCAAUAUUCUCCAUUUUUUUUGCUGAUUCUUGUCCUCAAUGCUGAGAGCAUUUUCUAUAUUUUUCUCUCUCUUUUAUUUCUCCUGAAUCUUUCUGCACUUUCCCCCAUAUUCUUUUGUUAUUCUGUAAUUUCAGGGCUGUUUUUUAAAUGUAAUAUAUAUAAAUAACUAUAUCCCUGGAGAAUUACAUUCCCACACCUGGUUCUCCUGAGUUGAGCUAUUCAGCUGUUUAAUUGGAUUGGUAUAUUGGAUAUACCAUAUGCUAUACAUUUUAUUACAUCAUGUAUGGUUGGUUGGCUUCCCUUCUGUGCUUGCCCUUGUAUUGUGCAUAUUCCUUUUUAAGACAUGGCAACUGAGGAUGUAACCCUUUGUGUUCCAGGGGGGUGUACAAUGCCCUGGGUGUCACAGGCUUACACAUGGGAUGGGGUAUCAACUAGGAAAUGGUUAAUCUUCUACAGGAAACUGCAUAUUUUCUAUCUGUUUCAUGGGGUGAAUCUGUUAAUGUUUCUGUAUAUUAUGAGUUUAAAAAAAAACAAAAAAAACCCAAAAAACAGCCAGCUGUUACAUAGGGGUGGUGUUCGUCAUAACUGUCCAAUUGUGGCCCUACAGUUAAAGGGCGAGAGUUACAUAGCUCUAAAUCAUGAUCUGACUAUGUAAGAACAAUGUGAGGUAAAGAGUCUGCUUCUCUUAUCCUUUUUUUUUUUCUCAGUCCUGUCCAGUUUGAAGUCUGUUAAAUCUAACACUGAUACAAUAGGUAUCUCUCUCGCUCUGUCCAUAUUAAGUAUAAAAUGAAUUGUGUCCAUUUUUUGGCUAAUGACAAUUAAUUGCAGUGCAUAUAGUCUGCCAUUAUUUAUGUGCACUUCCUUUACUCACGUGUAUUUCAUUUCCCCCCUAUCCUAUUAAAUGAGCUUUCAUGAUACAUUCACUUUAAUUUUUAAAUAGAUCCAAAAUAAAAAUGUAAAUGGAACAGCUAGGCCACAGAUAUGUUUAAAAAAGUUAUAAUAAUCUACUCAUGAACUGUACAUUAUAUCAAUAUUAGAGGAAAUAUAAAAUGUGUGUACAAAUCUCUACGAAAUGGUGAAUGAAGCAUGACAAUGUUCACAUACUACUCAGAAUAGUAACAUAUGUUUAUAAUCUGUUCUGGGCAGGUAUGUGAGUAGGGGGUUAGGGUUAUCAUCUUUAACAGGAAAUAUAGUAAAGAAAAUAGCUAUUGUUUAAUUUAAUCCUUCCAGUGUGUGUAGGGAACUGCACUUACUCCCAUCAAUUACAAAUGAGAUCCUAGUAAAUUGAUAAUGGAAUUGUAAAAGUUGGGUAAAAGUGCUAAUUUGAAAAUAAUCUAGAACUAAAUUAUAGUCACAGCUAAAAUUUUGCAGUUUGGUUUUCCAUUUUUUGCAAUUCAGUGCAAUUCGGUGCAAUAAAUAACUCCCUGUGUGGUUUUAGUCUGACAAAUCUACUAUAUUCCCUUUCUGAGGUAGAACACAUUUGCUGCAGUUUCCUUUGAAAAUGAAAACGGAUUAUAUUUUUGUAAAAACAGGAAGUAAAGUUGUUUAAGGCAAUAUUGCUAGACUUUUUAAUAUCCACCGCCAUUGUUUAUCAAUUUAGAGAUAUUACAUGCCUGCCAGUCAGUUCAGGAUAUCGUGGAACGCGUUGGUGGAGGUUUAAUGCAACAGUACAAGACAAACUAUAGCAGGAGUAGGCAACUUUUGACACGCUCGACGUUGUGGACUUCAUCUACCCUGAUGCUUUGCCAGCACUAUGGGGGAUGUUGUCCACAACACAUGGAGUGCCAAAGGUUGCCUUCCCUUGAACCAUAGGUAAAAUUCCCAAACAAGUAAUAAUGUCUCAGGGAGAGGUUUGCUGGAGCUGAAUGCAGUGUUCAUUUUGGUGGCAAAUUUCAAUUUAGUUUAAGUCGUAGUCUUUUGAUUAAGAAGCCAUUUUAGUUUUAGUCUUAUUUUAAUCUUAUUUGUUAUCUGAAUGGCGUUAGUUUUAUUUGACUAAAAUCUGACUAAAAUUGUUAGUCGACAAAAUUAACACUGGCUGGAUGAUGAAAAUAUUAAUGAUUAUGAGCAUUGAGGAAUUGGGAAAAGGUAUUUAAGGAUUCAAAACAACAUGACACAACUAACAGUUUGUGAGACAGGCCAAAUAUAUGUUGAAGGUGCAGCAGUCAGAGAAAAAUGCUAAUUAUUUGACUUGCCCUGUGGAACAGUCUUAAAUAAUGUGAUUUUGAAUAGUAUAUGUGGAACUGCACUCACUCCCACAAAUCUGAGCCAGGAUGCUUGCUGAGCCGGAAUCAAACACCAGAUGUCCAAACAUUAGUAAAGUAAUAGAGGUCCAGGUACUCCUUGGUUCAAGACAGGAACUUUAUUAGGAACCACAACAGCAACUUUUUGACCCCAAUAUUCUAGAAUGAUAAUGUUCUCAAACAAAUUGCUAAAUAAAUUCUAGAGUGGUUUCAUGAACUGCAGGAUGAAGUCACACAUUCCCAAUGGCUUCCUCAAUCACACAGAUCUAAACUUUAAUGCACCAUUAUGGGACGUCCACAAUGUGAAGUUACAGCUCAAAUAUUAAUAGGCUAUUGAGGGUGAGAGUGUUUUGUUCACCUCAGCACCUAACCUUACCUAUCUCUUAGUUCUCUGAAUGCAGCUGGGUUGUUGAUCCCUGCUCACUGGAAAUAUAUUUUUGCCCCAAGCUUAGAACAAGUGAUAGGUGGGCUCCUCCUGGUCAAGAGUUAGAGUUAGAAUGGUGUGGUUCUCAAUCAUUUCAAUGGCACACUGGGGUGGGGUCGAGGUCAUCUCUUUCUUUUCCUUGAUAUUUUCUAUGUUUCAUUCCUGUCUUCUCUCUGCUCAUUCUAUUUUAUCUAUCUAGUCUCUUCAGCAGAGUUCACUUGGCACUUAGGAUCAAUGCCUAAUUAGAUUGGUUUAGCAGGGGGGUAUCUCGCUAGGCUCACUGCUUUUAUUGCACCUUUAUCUCAUGGGAUUCACUUCAGUUUUAUUUUUUGGUUUUGUAUACGGAUUAAAUCUCCAAUGCAUGUAGACACGUUCUUUGCUGCCACACUGAUUAUAUUAUCCAACUGAUCAUUGUUUCUUUGAAAAAAUAAAUAAAAAUUGUCAAAAAAAUAUACAACAUCCCAUCACACACAGUUCAGUAUGUGUAUGGUAGCACUCAAAAAGGAUUGAGGAUUCUCUUAAGGAAAAGAGUGGUCCUUUUUUAUUAGCAAUUUCAGAUUAAUUUAUUUCAGGACUUUACAUUAUUUUGUCCACCCACUGACUAUACAUACCAUUUAUUUUAUAGUAAAUCUUUUUUUAACGUUGGCUUUUUAAAAAAUAAACUAAGGUAAAAAAAUUUUGUGUUUUAGUGGCACCCUCUUUCAUAUAUCACCAUACUUUUACUUUAUGUGUCACACUUAAAAAACAUAUAAAAUGUAAUAAAAUACCUGUAAUAAAAAUUUGUUUUGAAACCAAGGUCAAUGUUGGUAUAACAAACUGAAAUAAAUGACGACUUUUGCAUUAAAAACCAUAUUGCUAGCAGUCCCAGCUUUCAGAUUUUGUUCUAGAGAGUACAGUUGCUGUCUUCUUUAUGGUAUAGCAACAUGAUGAAAAGCUAUGAAACAGUGUUUUGUCAAUUUACAAGGCUAUUAACUAAAGUGUGUUUUCAAAGUGAAUUUCAAGCUUAAAUCCAAAGUAGCUAAACUGGAAUAAUUCUCUAAGUCAGGUAUGCUUCCAAUUCUGCUAUUUUAACCGUAAAUGUGAAAUUCAUUUGGAAUUCUCAGUUUCUUGAAUAACCCUCUGUGUGUUGUAAUACUAUCUAGUUAUGGAAGGAGUUAUUGCAGCAGAAUCACAAUUUAGAUCACAAGUAGUGCCAAUAGGACUAGACAGUCAUAUCCAGUGGGUUUGGGUGUCUAUUCAUCUAUUGCUGUCCAUUGAUGCCUGUUUUCUAGAAGAAAAAGAUUAGAUCUCCGUACACUUUUGGCUUGUACCUCCACACUUUUCUCCCUCGAGGUACAUGCUGUGUUACGGACAUAGAGGUGACCAAAUGGAACACCCAAGAUCUACUUGUGUCCUUGGUUGCUGGCUGGAUACUGUGGAUCUUUGUAUUUGUGAUUAUCACCAACUAUCUGUUAAAUUGCAGAUACAUGUUCCUGGAUAUAAAAUAUGUUCUCGUUCUUAGAACAUUGUUAGUCGUUUGUUGCUUUCACUUCGUAUUAUGUGCUUCGGUGCUCUCCUGUAUCUUACUCUACAUUAUAUCCGCUGUGAAACCCACUAGGGACUGCGAAAACACUUAACAAAUACUUGUCCAUCUUUCAAACAGACCUAACAACCGUCAAACAGUACUUAGGAAUAUGGAAGUGAUGCAUCUCUAUGAUGGACUACAGUUCAUAGGCCAACUCUUCCCUGACACAGCUUGGAGUUAAAGGAAGCUUGAAUAAUCAGAACUUGCAGCUAUGGAAAUAUUUCUAUGAUCUGCUUUUACAUUUUUUUAAUUUUUUUUUUGUAUAUAUAUAAUCAUUGUUUCUUUGUUCAAGUUCUUUUAUACAAUCAGUAUCCGGAAAUUAUUUGGUGCCUUUAACCCCUUAAGGACACAUGACAUGUGUGACAUGUCAUGAUUCCCUUUUAUUCCAGAAGUUUGGUCCUUAAGGGGUUAAAUAUGUAAUAACCUGUUUGUCACCUUAUCAUACCUGUUAAGUGUUCUUGUUUUAUGCCAUAUUUAAGGUCACAUAUAUGGGAGGUUUACAUAGGUCGGGUGCAUGUGUCCAGGCCUAUGUCAUUCCUGCAUGCCCUGAACAUACGUGUGCAUAUCUGCUGUAAUGACACAAAGUUACAUAGUUACAUAGCUGAAAUGAGACUUGCGUCCAUCAAGUUCAGCCUACCUCACAUUUGUUUUUUGCUGUUGAUCCAAAAGAAGGCAAAAAACCCAGUUUGAAGCACAAUUUUGCAACAAGCUAGGAAAAAAAUUCCUUCUUGACCCCAGAAUGGCAGUCAGAUUUAUCCUUGGAUCAAGUAGUUAUUACCCUACAUUGAAAGAUUAUAUCCUUGAAUAUUCUGUUUUUGCAAGUAUGCAUCUAGUAGCUGUUUGAACAUCUGUAUGGACUCUGAUAAAACCACUUCUUCAGGCAGAGAAUUCUACAUCCUGAUUGUUCUUACAGUAAAAAAACCUUUCCUUUGCCUUAGACAAAAUCUUCUUUCUUCCAGUCUAAACGCAUGGCCUUGUGUCCUAUGUAAAGUCCGGUUUGUGAAUAGAUUUCCACACAAUGGUUUGUAUUGGCCCCGAAUAUAUUUGUAUAAUGUUAUCAUAUCCCUCUCAGGCGACGUUUUUCUAAACUAAAUAGGUUUAAAUUUGUUAACCUUUCUUCAUAGCCGAUAUGUUCCAUUCCUUUUAUUAGUUUUGUAGCCCGCCUCUGCACUUUUUCUAGUGCCAUAAUAUCCUUCUUUAGAACAGGUGCCCAAAAUUGCACAGCAUAUUCAAUAUGGGGUCUUACCAGUGAUUUAUAAAGAGGCAAAAUGAUAUUUUCGUCUCGAGAAUGAAUGCCCUUUUUCAUGCAUGACAAUACCUUACUGGCCUUGGCCACUGCUGAUUGACAUUGCACAUUGUUGUAUAGUUUGUUGUCUAUAACAAUUCCCAAGUCCUUUUUGUGUAUUGUUAUCCCUAAUUCGCUUCCAUGAAGGGUAUACGUUGCUUGUGUAUUCUUUACGCCGAAGUGCAUAACUUUGCAUUUUUCAACAUUAAACUUCAUCGGCCAUUUGAGUGCCCAGUCCCCCAGUCUAUCUAAAUCCCUCUGCAGCAAAGUAAUAUCUUGCUCACAUUGUAUUGUUUUACAAAGUUUGGUGUCAUCUGCAAACACUGAAACAUGACUUUCAAUGCGGUCUUCAAAGUUAAAUGCUUCAAAAAAAAUGACACCGGAGGGCAACGUCCUGUGUCAGAAUUGAUAGCAGAAAGACACAGGUUAUGGGGAGAUCAUUGUUCAGUGUCAGAAUUGAUACAAAUAAGAUACAGGGUCUGUGAGAGUCACCGGUACCCUUCCAACUGCUUAUUAUAAGUCAGUACAGCUAAAUCUAGGUCCAUACAGCUUGGUAUAGCUCAGUACGGAUCGGAUCAGUACAGGCCAGUACAGCUCAUUAUAGGUCAGUACAGCCCAUCACAGCUCAGUAUCGGUCAGUACAGCCCAUCACAGCUCAGUAUAGGUCAGUACAGGCCAGUACAGCUCAUUAUAGGUCAGUACAGCCCAUCACAGCUCAGUAUAGGUCAGUACAGCCCAUCACAGCUCAGUAUAGGUCAGUACAGGCCAGUACAGCUCAUUAUAGGUCAGUACAGCCCAUCACAGCUCAGUAUAGGUCAGUACAGCCCAUCAGAGCUCAGUAUAGGCCAGUACAGCCCAUCACAGCUCAGUAUAGGUCAGUGCAGGCCAAUACAGCUCAUUAUAGGUCAGUACAGCCCAUCACAGCUCAGUAUAGGUCAGUGCAGGCCAGUACAGCUCAUUAUAGGUCAGUACAGCCCAUCACAGCCCAUCACAGCUCAGUAUAAGUCAGUACAGCUCAGAAUGGCUCAGUACUUCUCAGUUCCAUGGCUGGGUUUACCCUCCUUGCUGCCUCAAGGCCAGUUUCCUCAAUGCAACCCAUAUAUAUAUCACACGUACAUAUAUGAAAAUGUUUGGGAUCUGCGAUUGUGUGCAUUAAUGUGAGGAUUGUCAAGAUGCUGCUUGUGAAGUUGCGUUUGUGAGAGUAGGCUACAUGUGGUGUUUCAUGUUUCUGGGGAUGCUGCUUGUGGGGUUGUUUGGGUGUGUGGUGAUGCUUGUGGGGUUGUGUAUGUGAAGGUUGUAGCGGAGAGCUGAUUUCCCACAGCUAAACUCCACCAAGUACUUUAAGAGGAUGCAGGAACAAGUAAUAAAUCCAAUAGAAUAUCCAGCACAAUCAGCAAUACAAUCCAAUAAUAUCCCAUCACUUUCCCCAAUCACUGGAUGACACACAGUAUCAGGAGUAGAACUGAACUUUUAAUCAAACAACCUUCUUUUAAAGCAUUCUCCCAUGCAAGGGAGGGAUUUACAGUAAUACACAAUACACCAAUCAUACACGAACUGCCACCCACACAUCCCCUCCCCUUAGUGUGACACAUAAUCCCAUUAUGCAGGACACAGUUCCCCUGGUUUUCUGGAUGUACCCCUAAACCUAGGAGUACCUCUUUAAAUAUUACAUCCCCUGGUAACCCUGAUCUGGGUGCGACACAUAUCCCAAAAUCACCCAGAUCAGAUCAGGGGUUCAGGAGUUAUGGGGGUUUAAAGUUUUGUGGAGGUCCCUUUAGGCCCACUGAAGCAUGGCUUUCCAGCCCAAACCAGUUCCAACUAGUCUGGCACUGUGCCUGGGACAACGCUUUGCUGGAGAACAAUGGGACAGGAAACGGGGGAGGGGUACACCUUCCUAUACACAAUCUAUAUACAGUCUAAUAGAAGUCCAUACACUGUUACUUAGAGUUUUGUGUACUCCAGGCAUAGGAAAAUCUCUGCAGGGCCAACAAUCAAUAAAAGGGAAUGAGACAGCCAAAAAUGGGUUCCGCUACACUGCUCCCCCUUGCCCACAAGCCGGCAUACACAGUCAGAUGUGUAUAGACUUGGGGAUGUCCGGGGAUGCUCACGAAUAAUUUUUCCAGUUCAGUCUGUCUUGACAGCCCGUCAGCGUUUCCAUUCUGUUUCCCCGGGCGGUAUUGUAUAUUAAAGUCAAAGGGCUGCAGCGCCAAACUCCAGCGCAGCAGCCUGGCAUUGUCUCCAGCCACCCGGUUCAACCACACCAACGGUUUGUGAUCCGUGAGCAACGAAAAUGGCUGUCCAUACAAGUACGGUUGUAAUUUCUUCAGGGCCCACACCACGGCCAGGCAUUCCUUUUCGAUGGUGGCGUAGCUUACUUCUCUUGGUAACAAUUUUCUACUGAUGUUGUCCGCCAUCGGCCCCGACUUGGCUCAGUACUGCCCCCAGUCCAAACAUAGAAGCAUCUGUGUGGACAAGAAAACGUUUAGUUGGAUCAUGGGCUGCCAAGAUGGGAGCAUUUACCAGUGCGUUCUUCAGCUGUUGGAAUGCCUGCUCACACUCCGGGGUCCACGUGACCUGACGUGGAAGGUUUUUACGGGUAAGGUUGGUAAGGGGUUUGGCCAGGGCGCUAUAAUUGGGCACAAACUUCCUAUAAUACCCUUCCGUCCCUAAAAAGGCAAACACCUGAGUUUUGGUCCUAGGGGUUGGCCACUGAGCUAUGGCCUCUACCUUUGUGGGUUCUGGCUUCUGCAUACCGCAACCUACUCGGUGACCGAGGUACUGAACCUCAGCCAUCCCAAUACUGCACUUGGCUGGCUUUAACGUUAACCCUGCCUCCCUGAUCCUGUCUAUAACCGCCCCUAUAUGGGUUAGGUGCUCCUGCCAGGUAUUGCUGAAGAUGGCAAUAUCAUCCAGAUAAGCACAGGUAUAGGCUUGGAACCCAUAUAGGAGACGGUCUACCAUCCGCUGGAACGUGGCUGGGGCGUUCUUCAUCCCAAACGGCAUUACCUUAAAUUGGUACAAGCCGAAUGGUGUGACAAACGCCGACUUAGAGAUAGCGUCUGGGGCUAAAGGAAUCUGCCAAUACCCCUUACAAAGAUCAAUUGUAGUAAGGUAUUGGCCCCUAGCCAUCUGGUCCAGCAAUUCGUCUAUCCUGGGCAUGGGAUAGGCGUCAGAUACGGUUUUCUCAUUUAAUCUCCGGUAGUCCACACAGAAACGGGUGGUACCAUCCCGUUUCGGUACCAGGACUACCGGAGAAGCCCAAGGGCUGUCAGAAGGCUCAAUGACUCCCAGUUGGAGCAUCUCAUUGAUCUCCUGGCGCAUGUGUUCCCGCACUGCCUCUGGUAUGCGGUAUGGGGUUUGGCGCAUAGGUAACUGGCCUGGGGUUUCUACGCAGUGAGUUGCCAGGGGCGUGUAACCUGGUACAUUAGAGAAGGAUUCUUGUUUUUCCCUCAGCAACUGUUGUACCUCACUACGCUCCUGAGGACUCAGCCGCUCCCCCAGCUUAACCUCGGCUAUGUCGCUACCUGAUUUCCUGUCCUCUAGCAGGUCUGGAAGGGGAAGGUUGUCAAACUCUUCAGAGGGGGGUGCACAAAUGGCUGUCACCUCGUCAGAGCGCUCCCGGUAGGGUUUCAGCAUGUUCACAUGAAUCAUGCGUCGCCCCCCUGAGCCAGCACAGGGGCAAAUUAUAUAGGUGGUGUUGCAGCGCUGCUCUAGCACCUUAUAAGGGCCCUGCCAGGCAGCCUGUAGCUUGUCAUGCCAGACAGGUUUUAAAAUUAAAACUUUCUGUCCUACCUGAAAGCUACGGUCCCUGGCGUUCCGAUCAUACCAUGUGCGCUGACGUGUUUGCGCCGCCUGGAGGUUCUCCCGUAUUGCUCGGGUUAGUUCCUCCAGUCAGUUCCAAAACUCCAGUACAUAAGGUAUGAUGGGAGUACCUGUGGAGCUGUGUUCUCCCUCCCAGUGCUCCUUAAUGAGAUCCAGGGGACCCCGGACCCGUCUCCCAUAUAAUAAUUCAAAUGGGGAGAACCCCGUGGAUUCCUGCGGUACCUCCCGGAGGUGUGGUAGGAAUCUUUCCCAGUCCCGAUGGGUUUCUGCGAACGUUCGGAGCAUCUGUUUCAAUGUUCCAUUAAACCGUUCACAGAGCCCAUUGGUCUGGGGGUGAUAUAGGGCACUGAUUAUUGGCCUCAUGUCACAAAAUUUCCAUAGCUGCUGUGUGACCUCUGCAGUAAACUGAGUGCCCUGAUCGGAGAGGAUCUCCCGGGGUAAUCCUACCCGGGAGAAAAUCUUCAUGAGGGCCUCAGCCACCGUUUCUGCAUGAAUGUUAGUUAAUGCUACCGCCUCGGGAUACCUGGUAACAUAGUCUACCACUGUUAAUGUGUAUUUCUUACCCGAGGGGCUAGCCUUCCUUAAGGGACCUACUAUGUCCACCGCUACGCGGCUAAACGGCUCCUCCACUAUGGGUAGGGGGUGCAAUUUGGCUUUCCUGCGGUCUCCCCUUUUUCCUACCCUCUGGCAGGUAUCGCAGGUACCGCAAUACCUCCGGGCCUCCUGACUUAUCCCUGGCGAGAAGAAACUCUGGGUCAAUCAACACCGGGUGCGACUAACUCCCAGGUGUCUGGAUAGCAGUAUAUCAUGCGCUAUCCGGAGUAAUUCGGAUCGGUACCUCUGUGGUACCACUAACUGACGCAUAAUGACUGUGUCUGCUCCGUAUACCUUUUUCUCGGUCUCUCUAUAUAAGAGCUUACCCUCCCAUAUGAAUCUCUCCCCAUCUGUUACUGCCACCUUUGUGGCUAUCUUAUCCCUAUAUACUUGUAGCGUAGGAUCUGUGGCUACCUCGGCUUCAAAUUCACUAGGUGGGGCCCAGGGUAUACAUUCUACAGAUGGGGAAGGAUCUUUUACCUGAACCUCCGGGUGUGAGUUGUAGUCCUGGGUGCGGGCCUGUUGGCGUGUGACCAUAGGGUGGGCCUCUCCAACCGCUGGGAUCUGAGGUUCAUAUGCCGAUGUCAAUUUCCCUAAGUCAUUCCCCAACAAAACUUCCGCUGGGAGUUGUGGCAUCAACCCCACUUCCACAUUCCCAUGACCCGCCCCCCAAUUCAAAUGUACUCAGGCGGUGGGUAGUCGGUAUACUGCUCCCCCGGCAACCCUUUGUAACGAUACCUUACCUGGGUCUGCUGAUCCCGCGCGGCACGACAGCUUCCCCGGCUACUUCCGGGAGGCGGCGGAGCCUCUCGGACGCUUCCCGCUCGCGGCACAAUCCGUUUUAUGACGCGGCGCAUGCGCGCCGACGUCAUAAUGAUUUUGCCGCGAAAAUUCAAACGCGCCCACGCUCCCGAACCUUUUGGGGGCGUGGCUUUAAAGUGACACACACAUUAGUAUAAAAGGGCAUUCCUGUCCACACCUCAGUGCCCUAGUGUGGUUCUUGAUUGUUCCCCUAGUGCUCUUUUACUGUUUAGCUGUUUUUCUGGUAUUUUGACUCUUGGCUUUCGUUCUGACUAUUCUCCUAUCUGGCUCCCUGACUUUUGGCUUGGUUUUUUCGUAUAUCCCGAUUUCCGUACUCCCUUGACCCUCGGCUUUUUCUUGACUAUUCUUUGACGUUAAGUCCGGCCACCCUAAGGUCCGGUAUACGUCCCUUUCAGGGUUACCAUCUGUGUGAAGGGGUCACUAUCGUGACAUUACACUAGGGCCAUGGACCCUGCAGGUGCUAAUCCUCAUGGCCCGGUUCCUGAUAAUCGGUUUGAGGAGCUGGACCAUCGUAUGGACCAGUUUGCUGUAGCCGUUCAGACCCUGUUAGCUCGGACUGCACAUCUACAGCCAGAGGACCAUAUCCCGGGUCUUAGACCUCAGGAACCUCAUUUGGAGAUGGCGGCAGGGGGAGCUUUUGCCCAUGUCACAUCCCCUCUCUGUUAUGGAGGUGAUCCCAAGGGUUGUCGGGGUUUCCUCAAUCAAAUAAGUAUUAACUUUGAACUUCAUCCUAGGGCAUAUCCUACCGAUAGAGCAAAGAUUGGUUAUAUUAUAACAUUGUUAGUCGAUAGAGCACUAGUUUGGGCUAAUCCAUUGUGGGAAAACGACAAUCCCAUAGUUUUCAACUACGCAGAGUUUGUCGCAGCCUUUAGAAGAACAUUUGAUCCCCCUGGGAGACGUACCAAUGCUGCUAAAACCCUAUUACGAAUGAGACAAGGGUCUCGUUCCCUUGUGGACUAUGCCCUAGAAUUUCGCACUCAUGCUGCAGAGGUCAGAUGGAAUGAGCAGGCCUUUGUAGAUGUGUUUAUGAACGGACUUUCUGACAAACUUUUAGAUGAGGUAACCACCCGAGAUCUCCCUAAUGUGUUGGAAGAAUUAAUUACAUAUCUAGCACAUAUAGACGAACGUCUCCGACAUAGACAAAACACCAGGGAUAGACCUAGGCGUAUGCCGGAACGCCUGGCAUUAACGUUUCCUUCAUCUGAGGAAACCUCUGUCGCUCCAGUAGAACCCAUGCAACUGGGAGCCACACGGUUGUCUGAACCUGAGAGACAAUAUAGACGAAGGGAGGGACUUUGUAUGUAUUGUGGGAAAAGAGGACAUACCCGCUUACACUGCCCAAGCCGGCCGGAAAACUCCAAUGCCUAAGCCCUCAAGGAGGACAGGCCUUUGGUGUAACGUGUAUGUCCUCCUUCCAAGAUCGAAAAGAACUCAGGCUUCUUCUACCGAUAACUAUAGAAUGGGAGAAAAAGUUAAUAAAUACUUCUGCGCUAAUAGACUCUGGGGCAGCUGAGAACUUUAUUGACCGUACUUUCGGCCAACACCACAACCUCCCAUUUCGAGAAAGAUCAACACCUGUAACGGAGCUCCUUGUACUCCGACCGAGUACCCUCCGUUGAUAGAUGCUCCUAGCGCUUCCUGAGGACUCCAAACACUGCAGCAGACACCACAAGCACCGCAGACUCCACAACCGCCGUAGCUUAACUGGAGUCUCGCCGUCUUCCUUCCACCCUGGAUCAGCUUCUGUCCUCCAGGACCGUGUGGGGAUGACCUCUCCUCCAGGAGAGCAUAACAGGAACAGCUCUUAAAAGAGCUAAGUGACUCAAGCUCAGGGGAGCAUGCAGAGCAUAGCAAUCCCCAGUGUGAUUAUAACAGCUCCCUCCAAUAACGAGACAAGGCUACAUUUAGAGGGAUCAAGAAGAACUGUCAAAACCUUUAUUUCCCUUGGGACCAGCCAAUAGGGUCACCACAAUAACAUUGUUGUGAAACCUCAAUAAAAUCACAAACAGUCAAACCAUAUCAAGCAACACACAGUGACUUAUCACAACACAAUGGCACAUUUUUAAAGGGGUGGGGGGAGACAAUAUUUAACAGUAAAUAUCUCACCUGCCUGCAGAAUUAGCAAUAUGCAAAUCUACCCGAAUAUGCAAAUGAACCAGUCUUGCAAUUCAGGUAGUGCAUAUUGCUGUUGCUACCAACAGAGGGCACUAGACAAGCUCCAUAGCCAAACCCACCUAGUUGGUAGCAAACCUCAGCAGUACAGCAGAGCAGGCAAUACAUUUCACAGUACACACAACUAUAAACAAUUACAUUACACACACCCUGCACCUAUCAUGGGUACAGGGUGACUAAAACAUAGGAUAAAUAAAGCAGCCCACAUAAAUAGUCUGUCUGAAGGUAGACUAGGGGCUUUAAAGCCAGAUAGAUGAAAGAGUCAUAGUCACAGGGGAGGAGGCUGGCAAGUAGGCCUCUCCAGGACCAAGUGGCGAAGGGCACUUCGUCACAACACCCUUGGCCGUUGAGGCCAUAGAUGGUAGACCAUUAUCCAUUCCUUUUAUUACUCAAGAAUCCAAACCCUUAGUCUUGACUGUAGGUUCGUUGCAUAAAGAAACCAUAAUCUUACAGCAAAUACCUUCUCCUACCUUUCCGAUUAUACUUGGGUUUCCUUGGCUUACCAAGCAUAAUCCUCUAAUUAACUGGGAGAGGAAAGAGUUAGUAAAAUGGGGUGAUUCUUGUUUUAAGGAGUGUAUCAGUCGAGUUAAACCUAUAGGACUCCUCAACGUUCCUACCAUGGAACCAUUAACCACUCAAGUACCCGAACCAUAUCGGGAUCUCAAGGCAGUCUUUGAACAAAGGGAAGCAAACAAAUUACCACCCCAUCGUUCUUAUGACUGCGCUAUUGAUUUGUUGCCUGGUACUAUGCCCCCUAGGGGUACCGUGUAUCCCCUCUCUGUAACAGAAAACAAAGUACUGGAAGAGUACAUCACAGAAAAUUUGAAAAAGGGUUUUAUUACCAAAUCAUCCUCCCCGGCUGGUGCAGGGUUUUUUUUUGUUUCCAAAAAGGAAGGUGACCUAAGACCCUGCAUCGAUUAUCGGGGAUUAAAUAAAAUAACAAUACGAAAUGCGUAUCCUAUUCCGCUCAUUACUGAGCUUUUUGAUAGGUUAAAGGGUGCUACCAUAUUCACUAAACUAGACCUACGGGGAGCUUAUAAUCUAGUUCGUAUUAAGAAGGGACAUGAGUGGAAAAUGGCCUUCAAUACUCGCUAUGGCCAUUAUCAAUAUAGGGUUAGGCCCUUCGGUUUAUGCAACGCUCCGGCAGUCUUUCAAGAUUUUAUAAACGAUGUAUUAAGGGACUAUCUACAAAGGUUUGUUGUUGUUUAUUUAGAUGACAUACUCAUCUACUCUAAGAAUAUCAAGGAGCACCAUAGGCAUGUUAGAAUAGUAUUAUCCAAAUUAUUAAAGAACGGACUCUACUGUAAAUUAGAAAAAUGUUUAUUUGACGUGGAGAAGGUUAAUUUCUUGGGUUACAUAAUUUCCGGUUCCGGCUUUCAAAUGGAACCCAAAAAACUAGAAGCCAUUUUAAAUUGGCCCCUACCCGUUGGACUAAAAGCCAUCCAACGUUUCCUGGGGUUUGCUAAUUACUAUAGAAAGUUUAUCAGAGGAUUUUCCUCUAUUACCGCUCCUAUUACCGCUAUGACAAAAAAGAAUAGAAGUCAUACGGUGUGGAGUACUGAAGCUAAGGAAGCCUUUGAAAAAUUGAAGCUAGCCUUUUCUUCAGCCCCGGUGUUAAGUCACCCUAAUCCUUUGCGUCCUUUUUUGCUAGAAGUGGAUGCUUCUGAGACAGGGAUAGGGGCUGUACUCUCUCAGAGAUCCUCGAAUGACCAGCCCCUGCAUCCCUGUGGCUAUUUUUCUAAAAAACUGACGGAAACAGAACGAAGAUACGAUAUAGGUGAUAGGGAAUUGUUGGCUAUCAUUUCAGCACUCAAAGAAUGGCGGCAUCUAUUAGAGGGGACAUCUGAACCGAUCAUCAUCUUCACUGAUCACAAGAACCUCUCCUAUUUUGGAGAAGCUAAAAGAAUGACUGACAGGCAGAUUCGUUGGUCUUUGUUCCUAACACGUUUUAAUUACUUAGUGACAUACAGACCCGGUUCUAAGAAUACAAAAGCAGAUGCCUUAUCUCGGCAACAUGAGCACAUAUCCCCACCAGUAACCCAUUUAUCUUCUAUAAUCCCUACUUCACAAAUAGUGGCUACAGUACGUACUAAAAUCUCUUCUAGCUUAAUAGAAGUAUUGUCUAAAUGUCAAAACCACAACUCCCUGACUAUCCCUCAGGGGAAAUUAUACGUACCCUUCAAUUAUAGAAGACGAAUCCUAUCCUUGGUACACGACUCUAAGAUUGCCGGUCAUCCCGGUAUCCAUAAAACAGAAGCACUACUCGAAAAGCAAUUCUGGUGGCCUUCUUACAAGAAGGACAUUCGAGAAUAUGUCCUGGCCUGUAACAUUUGUUCCUCUAGUAAGUCUCCUAAAAGUCGUCCUUUAGGCCUCCUCAUGCCGUUACCUAUUCCCGAAAUGCCCUGGUCAAGUAUCGCCAUGGAUUUCAUAGUAGACCUGCCACCUUCAAAAAAUCACCGGGUGAUUCUAACUAUCAUCGAUAGAUUUUCCAAAAUGACCCACCUAGUCCCUUUAAUUAAACUUCCUUCAUCCUCAGAACUGGCCACGAUAUUCAUAAGGGAGGUGGUUCGUUUACAUGGUAUCCCUACAGACAUAGUCUCUGACAGAGGCUCACAGUUUGUUUCCAGGUUUUGGAAGGCGUUUUGUGUUCAGUUAGGUAUCAAACUUAACCACUCCUCUUCGUACCAUCCCCAAUCCAACGGAGUUACUGAGAGAAUGAAUCAGUCACUAGAGCAGUACCUUCGUUGCUUCAUCUCCGAUCACCAAGAUGAUUGGAAGGAGUUACUCCCUUGGGCUGAAUUCGCCCACAAUAACUGGGUUCACGAAUCAACACAACAUAGCCCCUUUUUUGUAAAUUAUGGCUUUGACCCUACUACUCUUCCGAGUUCUUUUUCAUCCUCCGCUGUGCCUAGUGUUGACUAUACUGUGAGGAAUAUGAAAGAAACUUGGUUAGGGGUCAAGCGUAUCCUGACUCAUAAGGCCGAUGCUCAAAAAAGCAAAGCGGACACCCGGCGCAAGAAUGCUCCGAAUUUUAUAGUGGGAGAUAGAGUGUGGUUGAGUACACGCAAUAUUAAAUUACGAGUCCCCUCUAUGAAAUUUGCUCCGCGAUUCAUUGGUCCUUUUAGGAUCCUCCAACGGAUUAAUCCAGUCUGUUAUCGCCUGGAUUUACCAGCUAAUAUGAGGAUACCCAAUUCCUUUCAUGUUUCUCUUCUGAAACCUUUGAUUUGUAAUCGCUUUACUCGUAAACCCAGGUCUCCUCGUUCUACUCUCAUUGAUGGCCAAAACGAAUACGAGGUUAGGUCUAUUUUAGACUCUCGUAUCUCAAGAGGUCGGCUCCAGUAUCUGUUGGAUUGGAAGGGGUACGGUCCCGAGGAAAGGUCAUGGGUUGAUGCCUCGGACGUGCACGCGCCUCGCCUAGUCCGUUCCUUUGCUAGGAGUCGUUCUCGCGGACCCUGUCCUGCCCACCCUGGGGGCGGUCCUCGAGGGGGGGGUACUGUAACGAUACCUUACCUGGGUCCGCCGAUCCCGCGCGGCACGACAGCUUCCCCGGCAUGCGCGCCGACGUCAUAAUGAUUUUGCCGCGAAAAUUCAAACGCGGCCACGCUCCCGAACCUUUUGGGGGCGUGGCUUUAAAGUGACACACACAUUAGUAUAAAAGGGCAUUCCUGUCCACACCUCAGUGCCCUAGUGUGGUUCUUGAUUGUUCCCCUAGUGCUCUUUUACUGUUUAGCUGUUUUUCUGGUAUUUUGACUCUUGGCUUUCAUUCGGACUAUUCUCCUAUCUGGCUCCCUGACUUUUGGCUUGGUUUUUUCGUAUAUCCCGAUUUCCGUACUCCCUUGACCCUCGGCUUUUUCUUGACUAUUCUUUGACGUUAAGUCCGGCCACCCUAAGGUCCGGUAUACGUCCCUUUCAGGGUUACCAUCUGUGUGAAGGGGUCACUAUCGUGACACCCUUACGGCUACAGUCCUGCUGGUCCUUGCUUCUGUGGGAAUUAGGUGGCUCUUUACCAAAGUGAUAGUGGCUCCAGAAUCGCAAAUCCCUUGUACUGCCUUUCCCUCUAGGUACACGGUCUGCCGAUGGUGCUGUCGAUUGUCUGCAUGGGCCUGUAGAGGAUCUGCCUCAUGGAGCACUUCCCACUGUUCUACUGUGGUGGUGUGAACCCAAGCGUCAUAGGUCAUUGCAGCCUCUGUCUGGUAACAAUGGGUUACUGUUCUGCGUGGUGGUGGUGGACCAGGCCGGAUCCAUGUGGUGCGAUCUCGCAGUUGUGGACACUCUUUUUUAUAGUGUCCCCAGCGCUGGCAUUGGUGACAUUUAAUGUUGUUAGGCUGUCUGAACUGGGUUGGAGCGCCUGCCGGUGGUGGGAGUUGUCGUGGUGGGGCUGUCGUACUGGGCGCAUAGGUGGGCGCCAUAUUUGGGUGCGUUAUAACUUUAUUCAGGGACGGUUUCUGUUGCCUCCGGGCAUCUAGGUAGUCAUCUGCCCUUCGAGCUGCUUCAGUGAUGUUUGUAGGAUUGCGAUCCCUCACCCACUCUUGUAUAUCUGGCACCAAUCCGUCGAAAAAUUGCUCCAACAAUAUCAUCUGUAACAAAUCCUCCAUGGAUUGCGCCUUGUUCGCCUGUAUCCAACCCAGCGCCGCUCUUUGUAGUCGGCAAGCCCAUUCUGCGUGUUAAUCUUUACCAGUCUUUUUAAGGUCCCUGAACCGCCUUCGGUACGCUUCAGGUGUCAUGGCAUAUCUGGCCAGUAUGACUUCCUUAACCCGGUGAUAAUCCCUUAGUUCGUCAUCUGGUACUGUGCGGUAUGCUUCCGCUGCUAUGCCCGUUAGCCGCCCUGCUAAAAUGGGAACCCAAUCCUCGACAUUUAUUUUAUGCAGGUGACACAACCUUUCAAAAUCCUCUAAAAAGGCAUCAAUUUCUUCCUCUGCCUCCACAUAAGUCUUAAAAGCCUCGUACGGUACCUUUGGUUUGUUCUCCUGUACCAUGGGCACGAUCUGGUUCCCCUCUGGAUUUUGUUGGACCCUCUGUCGCAGUACAAACUCCUGUACCUCUGUCAUGGUUCUGGAGAUAAUCUCUGUUUGUGGGUUUUCCCCAUAAAAUGACAGCCGGAAUUGCAGUUCUCUUUGCAAUUCCAACCGCCCCUGUUCCUCUGCUGGGUUAUUCUGCACCAAAGCCGGACCCUCUUCUGCUCUGUAUUCCGCCAUGACUUCUGCAACCAGGACUGUUGCUGGCGGGAAUACCCCUGGCUUCCAGGAGGUCCUUUAAAGUGGAUCGCUUUAAAGUGGUGCAAUUGAUCUCCAUCUGUGAUCCAUCAAUGCUGUUGUCUUUCCUGGUACUUGCUCCUCUUUGGGUCUGGAUCCCGGCGCUGCCAACCAAUGUAGCGGAGAGCUGAUUUCCCACAGCUUAACUCCACCAAGUACUUUAAGAGGAUGCAGGAACAAGUAAUAAAUCCAAUAGAAUAUCCAGCACAAUCAGCAAUACAAUCCAAUAAUAUCCUAUCACUUUCCCCAAUCCCUGGACGACACACAGUAUCAGGAGUAGAACUGAACUUUUAAUCAAACAACCUUCUUUUAAAGCAUUCUCCAUGCAAGGGAGGGAUUUACAGUAAUACACAAUACACCAAUCAUACACGAAUUGCCACCCACACAUGCCCUCCCCUUAGUGUGACACAUAAUCCAAUUAUGCAGGACACAGUUCCCCUGGUUUUCUGGAUGUACCCCUAAACCUAGGAGAACCCCUUUAAAUAUUACAUCCCCUGGUAACCCUGAUCUGGGUGCGACACAUAUCCAAAAAUCACCCAGAUAAGAUCAAGGGUUCAGGAGUUAUGGGGGUUUAAAGUUUUGUGGAGGUCCCUUUAGGCCCACUGAAGCAUGGCUUUCCAGCCCAAACCAGCUCCAACUAGUCUGGCAGUGUGCCUGGGACAACGCCCUGCUCGAGAACAAUGGGACAGGAAACGGGGUAGGGGUACACCUUCCUAUACACAAUCCAUAUACAGUCUAAUAGAGGUCCAUAAACUGUUACUUAGAGUUUUGUGUACUCCAAGCAUAGGAAAAUCUCUGCAGGGCCAACAAUCAAAAGGGAGUGAGACAACCAAAAAGGGGUUCCGCUACAAAGGUAUCUGCUUGUAGCGUUGUAUAUGUGGGGGGAUGCUGCUUAUGUGUUUGUUAGUUGUGUGUGGAUGGGAAGACAAGGGCUGAGGUGUGGAAGAUUGGGCUGUGGUAUAGUGAUAAGGCUGUGAUUGGGGUUAUAGAAGCUAUAGUGGCUGUAGAGGGGUAUCGUGGCUAUUGUAGGAGGACAGGGGCCUUUAGUGUGAGGACUAGGAUUGUAGUAUGGGAGAGAUGUUUAAUAAAAAUGUUUGUUUAAAAAAAACAGAAACUAAGGUGUAUACCCCCAUCCCUGAUGCUUACCUGGUCCAGGGAGGAAGUAACCUGUUCCCUGGUGGUCCAGAGGGAGAUGUUGCUUCCUGCCAGCGUGGGGGGAUUGCAGCAGUAACUUGCGGCAAUGCUCUGAUACAAUAAACUCUCCUUUAUACUUGUGUACCGGCCCUGCAGGAGCUCUCCCAUGUCGGCUUUGCCCCACAGCUGGAGAAUCAGCUGGCCAGUGAGGGAGAUUUUUGAAACACCAUGUAUAUCUGGUCACAUUCAUUAAUCAUGAAUGGCAAAACUGAGGCAAAUAGCUCAUCUGGAGAAAUUCUCUUAAUCAGCCAUAAUCACAGAUUGACUAUUUUUACCUGUUUUACAAUUUUUAAUUAAUUUAUGAAAGUUAGUGAAUAAUCCUGCAACCUGCAUGCUUGUAAAGCAGUGUACCCAUCAUGAAGUGUGGUAAGGACUGCCUCUUCAUUAUUAAAAGAACCCCUGAGGAAGUGACAUGGAGUGAUGAAACUCAUUGGGUGGGGAGUAUUAGUGACCUCAUCGCUAGUGAAAUUGAUUGCAUGCUCAUCUUAUUUGGUUUUAAUUUAUGUAUAUUAUAAAUGCACUGCUGAUCUUAUUUAUGUGGUGUACUGCACUAUUUCAAUCUCAUUCAUUUUUAUUGAGGUUCUCAAUAAACUUAUUAUGUUGAAGAUUGAUGAUCCAUGGAGUUUGAAGAAAAGUGGAUUUAUAUUGAAGGCCCUCUAAAAACUUGUGUUUGAUUUUGUUGUGUACCCUUUCUAUCAUGGCCAGUAUUACGUUUUCAGCUAUUUUAACUACAGUAGUUCUUCUGUAUGAUCGGACCAGAUGAGCUAGCCUUUGCUUCCCACAUCCAUUAAUGAGCCUUGGGCACCUAUGACCCUGAAGUCGGUCCAUAGUUUGUCCUUCCUUGAACCACUUUUGGUAGGUGCUAACCACUGCAUACUAGGAAUACCCCACAUGAUUCACGAUUUUGGAGAUGCUCUGACCCAUUUGUCUAACCAUCACUAUUUGGCCCUUGUUAAAGUCAAUUAACUAUUAUUCUUUGUGGCAUUUAUAUAGUGCCAACUUACUCUGGAGUUCUAUACAAUAUUAUAACAAUAAAUGAGACAAUUACAAAAUAUUGCAGGAACAAUAGGUUGAAGAGGACCCUGCCCAAAUGAGCUGAUAUUUUCACUUUCCCAUUUUUCCUGCCUCCAACAAAUGAAAUUAAAGAACUGACUAUUCACUUGCUGCAUAAUAUAUCCCAUCAAUUGACAGGUGACAUUGUAACGAUAUAAUCAAGGUUAUUCACUUCACCGGUCAGUGGUUUUAAUGUUAUGGUUGAUCAGUGUAUGUGGUGCGUGGACUGAAACCCCCAUUGAAGAACUGGGGUCCAGAAUAUGUAAUCUUAAAAAUCCAAUCAUUCCAUUGUCUGUCCAGAUGAACAGAGGUUUCUGCAAAGUUGUGAUGAAAAAGUAAUUGUUAUUAUUAAAAUGUCUUCAGAGUUCUAGAAUUACAAGUCUCAUUAACUCCUGCUUUGUUUUGCAGAACUAAUUGGAUGUCUUGUUGGGUUCAUAGAUAGUUCCAGUGAGUCAAGUCCUGCAGACAGCACAGCUCAUACAGUGUAAGACUGUCAUCUGUUCUUGUACAGAAUGUAUGAAUACUACUCGUUUCACCAUCAUUAAAAACUAGAUAUUAUGCAGCAUUGCAUUUAAUAAACUAAUAUUUCCAGUCUAAUUGUAAUACUGUUAGAGACAUUUGUAAAUCACAUUGCAAAUGGAUGAGGUCAAUCUAAGUUGGACUAAUAUUUUGGAAUUACUUAUUGACAAAACCUCCUUAUAACACAUCUUGAUAUUUAGCGUGACCGAGCGGUAUGUCUGGCUCAGUAUUUCCUAUCUAGUAUGAAGGAACAAGCAAUCUGGCAGAGUCCAGUCUUUCGUCUUUCCAAUGUAGCUUAGUGAACAGAAGAUCUGUAACAGAUUCGAUUUUCCUGCACUCUGUUCCAACUCCAGUAUCUGAAGUUACGUUCCCACGCACUAGUUCUAGAGGUUAAUUUAGAUCUUUUGGAUAAGUAUAAUCCAUUAUCUUGAACUAGACUAUGUAUGCAUGGCACAGAAAGAUAGACAUUCAAUUUAAAUAUCUACUUUAAAUUACAGCUAGAAUGCAUAUUUCAUCUGGGUACCCAGCAAACAUUUCUGUUUUUAAGUAAAUAUUGCAAACUUGUUUCAUGUUUUUAAUAAAACAGCUCUUAUGGGUCCAUUUACUUCUUAUUCUGAAUGACAGAGAGUAAUUAUAUUGUGGAACCAUACAUAAUAAAUUGAAACAAGAAUUGCUAAAUUUAUUGUAAAAUUGUCAAGAGUAGUGAUACCUGGUAUUACAUACCCUUCGGAUGAAGAUCGUUUUACCCUUAAUAUUAAGUUUUGCCCUUAAUAUUACGUCACUUCCUGUGGAGUAUAUGGCAUUUGCCCGUAGAUUAGAUGGAGAUUUUGGAGGGGGAAGUGACGUGAUAUGUUUCACUUCCACCACGUACUUGCCGCCGCAAUGAGCACAAGAACACCAAUGGAAGAAAAGACCGGCAUGUUUAAAAGAAAGGAAGUGGUAAGCAGAUUACACCGAUUGAAAAGCCCUAUGACAGGCCGAAAUGCGUCUCGGGAGAAGCGAGGCUUAAGGACUGGUCUAUUUGGACUUGACUUUUAUUUUUAAUUCAAAGUUUUAUUGUUUCUUUUAAUAUAUGUAAUACAUUUAUUUUAUCAUCCACUGAGUGGUUCCAUAUCAUCUGCUUAAAGAAGGGUUGUGUCCCCUUAAUUGACACAAAGCGAGUUUCACCUAGAGCCAGGUCUUGUGGGCUCUAGCCAAGGUGAAUAGUUACAUAUUGGCUAUAUUAACUGUUGUGCAUGUCCAGAUAUACUUCACAAGGAGUCUGCACCUCUUUUUUCUCUCUGCUUCUCUUUUAAAAAAUAACAUCCAAAGUACCAGAACUUCAAGGAUACUGUGUGAUUCAAUACACCACUGCGCUUAUGAUUUGAGCCUGUCUUUAUGUGGCACAUAUCCAUGUGAGUUGGACUCAUUAUAGUUUGCUAGCUAUAUGGUGAUAAAUGUUUUUACAUUAUAUAGUUUUCCUUUUUCAAGUCUCCACAAGGACUCUGUGCUCCCAGUUAGGGUAGGUGGUCACUAUAAAAGCACUAACGCUCCACUUUUUGAGGUUGGCGGCUGUUUGGAUCCCUUCCACUUUUUUAUGCUUGUUUAAGGUGGGCGAGAGAGAUUCCCACUUGAGUGUAGUAGCGUAACGUACGAUUGUAUAUAUCUUUAAGCACCUUCUAUCAUGCAGAUAAUUGUAUUGGGCAGGUUGGCUCAAGUUUAUCCCAGAAGUUAAUAAUUCCAAUCUACAAUCCCCAAUUUAUUAUCUUAGAAAGUCAACAGCAUUCACUUGGUCUCAACUCAUCCUGGUUAACUGGUAUCAUGGAGCAUGGUUCAGUACUUAUUAUAAGCUGCCCCAAUCAGCAAAACUCAUAAGGAACUUGCUGUCAGCUUCAUCGCAGUAAGUUCCUUCUUAGUUUAGCUCCAGAACGAAUCCUUCGUUGAGAACCAAACUUCAUCAAAUUAGAUGUAGCUCUAAUCCUCAUACUUUAUUCAAUGAACUACAAUAAAUUUGUCCCUAACAUGUCUGCUGGAAAGUUCAUUUAGUUAUCUAUCAACCAAAAUUUAAAUUAUUAAAAAACAAAAAUGGAAAAUUCUUAAAUUUUCCAUCAUGCCCUUUGUUGCCCUACUCAAUGACAUAAUCCUUGGUACAUUACUAACUCAAACAUGAAUGGAUAUUCUAUGAGUUGUGUAACUUGUCGUUCUUUGUUCUAGGUUUGAUGGGGGAUUGGUCGGAUGACAGCUGGAACUGUAGUCAUCACAGGAGGAAUCCUAGCAACCUUUAUACUUCUGUGUAUAAUUGGAGUUCUGUGUUACUGCAGACUUCAGGUCAGUGCUCAAUACCCAACACUGUGUAAUACCAAGAUAUCAUGGCAGAGGUACUUUGCAUCAAUGUAUAUAGAUACACAAACAAUGCAAGCAGUACUGCACAGUUAGAAAAAGAGGCAUUAAAUGCAGUAAAUAUAGGAUUUUCAACCUUAGCCUUCCAAAUGCUGGUGGACUCCAUUUCCCAUAAUUACCUGCUAACACUUGAAAUAAUGGUGACUGUAACCAAUCUGCAGUUGGAGAACCAUGAUAAAUUAAUUCCUCAGUUGAUAAUCAAUUAUCCAUCACAGGGGAGUCUGGCUAAUGCUAAUAAUCGUUCAUUCGGGUGAUCUUUAGAGACUGAUUAUCUUACAAAAAGAUAAAUUAUGCAUUAAUGCUGUUCAGUUUGCCGACCAGAGGAUAAUUCAGAAAAAUGAAUUACAGUAUGCUGGAUAACGAAUGAUACACUAUUACAUCUCAUUAGAUUAUAUCGUUACAAAAAAAAUUAAGGGACAAUCUCUUAAAAAUUGAAAAAAAGGGUGAAAGGAAAGAAAAGAAGAGGAAAAACAGAAAAUAUAUAUAUAUAUAUAUAUAUAUAUUAAAAGGAAAAAAAAUAUGGACAUACACUGCUCAAUAAUAAGCUCUGAAAGUACUGAAGUGGAGAAGCUGUAAGUGGAGAAGCCAAGCGGUGUACAAACAGAAUUGUGUAAAGAAGAUAGAGAAAGAAGGAUAGCAAGAAAGGAGGAAAAGAAAUAAGAAGGAAACAGCUAAAGAAUUUAACACCUCCUUAAAAGUGGUAAAAACUUGAAACGUCUGAUAGGGCAUUUCUGCUAAACGUAGCUCCCCAAUAAAAUACGUGUUAGAAAAUAGAGGGAAAUCAGACCCGGAAAAUGGCAACAAGGAAAACAGCUGACCAAAGGCUGGAUUUAAAACCUCCCCCCAAAAAAGACCGGGGAAAAAAAGAUAAACAGGAAAAGAGACUUUCAAAUUUUUUUUUAAUGCCCCAGCAGAUAAAAGCACCUUAGAAAUCUCUCAGAUAUCAACUCCAAAUAAAGCUGCCUUAAGUAAGGAAACUGCAGAUUUCAGCGAUACUGAGGUAAAGGAACGCUCAGAUGAACGACAAAUGAUCACCCCAGUGUACUUAAAAGAAUGUUUAGAUCUACAGUUGGAACAAAUAAAAAUAGAAGUGCAGGGGAGCUUUGCCGCUUUAAAGAAAGAUAUAUUGGAGAUCGGACAAAAAGUUAAAGUCAACGAACAAAAAAUAGAAAAUCUAGAAUUUCUUCUACAGAAGCAAAGUGAGAUUAUUGAGAAACAACAAACAAAGAUAAAUUAUCUUGAAGAGAGAACCAUAAAUAUAGAAGAAAGAGGCAGAAGAAAUAACUUGAGAAUAAGAAAGAUCCCUGAAUCCAUCUCACAAGAUAAUUUGGCAACUUACCUCUCUGAGUUUUUUUAAAGCUCUUAAAAUAAAUAUUGAUGAUAAAGUGGACUUUCUUGAAAGAACACAUCGACUUUACAAACCAAGAACACUUCCAGCUGACCUCCCAAGAGACACAAUCAUUGCUUGUCACUCCUAUUCUUUUAGAGAAAAAAUUCUAAAAGCGGCAAGACAAAUUGAAAGAGAUCAAGGCAAAUUAAUGAUAUAAAGGUCUUCCUGGAUUUGUCUUUCCAGACAAGAAAAGCGAGGAAGCAAUUCCUGCCAGCUACUUUGCGCUUAAGGGAAAAUAAUUUAAAAUACCGGUGGGGCUUCCCAACCAAACUGAUAGUUACUAAAGAUGGGAUUACGCACACAUUUGAUUCACUCGAAAAGGUCACAAAUUGGUUGGAAAAUAUGGUUUACUAAUGGAUAGAAUUGGAAUAAGUAAGGUGAUAUCUCCUGUUUUGUAUUCAAAUUGAUUCAUUAUUAUAUUUAAAAUGGAAUAGGUUUAAUAUGUUAACAAAUAAUUCCGAGCUCCUUUGUGAAAAUGUAGAAAUAGCACUUUAAAGGUCUAAAUUUGAUUUUUAAAGAGAACACAGAGCACACAGGAAGUGUUAUUUUUUUUGUGUGUUCUUUUAGCGUAUAUAAUAUGGCUUGUUUGAAAUAAAUGUUGGAUCCUGGCUACUCUUCGCUUAAAGGACUACUAUAGUGCCAGGAAAACAUACUCGUUUUCCUGGCACUAUAGUGCCCUGAGGGUGCCCCCACCCUCAGGGUCCCACUCCCGCCCGGCUCUGGAAGGGGGAAAGGGGGUAAAACUUACCUUUUUCCAGCGCUGGGCGGAGAGCUCUCCUCCUCUUCUCCUCCCCGUCGGCUGAAUGUGCACGCGCGGCAAGAGCUGCGCGCGCAUUCAACCGGUCACAUAGGAAAUCACAGUGAGAAGCACGCAAGCGCCUCUAGUGGCUGUCAAUGAGACAGCCACUAGAGGAAAUAGGGGAAGGCUUAACCCAUUCAUAAACAUAGCAGUUUCUGUAAAACUGCUAUGUUUAUGAAAAAAUGGGUUAACCCUAGCUGGACCUGGCACCCAGACCACUUCAUUAAGCUGAAGUGGUCUGGGUGCCUAGAGUGGUCCUUUAAGGGAAAAUAAUUUUAAAUACCGGUGAUAGAUGGGCUUACGUAUAUACUGUUUCACUUAAGAAGAUCACAAAUUGGUUGGAAAGUAAGGUUUAAUUUUGCAUGGUUUUUUAGCUAUGUAAUGAGAUCUUUCUGCCUCAUGCGGAGAGUUACUCACUUAUAUAAAUACAAGAAAAUAGGUGGAGGUGUUAACCGAUAACUCCUGUUUUGUUUUUGGUGGGGGGGUGAGAAGAAGAGAUAGUAAAUUAAGGGUUUAGUCUUAAUGUUUAUGGAAUGCACUAAGUACAAAGGGUGUAUUUUUCUUUUGAAAGGUAUAAAAUAUGGCUUGUUUGAAUAUAAUGAUGUAUCUUGGGGUAAGGUAGUAAGGGUAAUACAUAGAACAGAGAUAAGGACAAAAAUAGAGUAUAUUUCAUGUAAACAUGAUAGGGGAGGGAAUCACGUUGUACAGUAGCAAGUUGGAUUGCUGAAACAAAUUAUUGCUGUUAGUAAGGAAUACAAGGAAAAAUAAUGGUAGAUGUAUUUAUGUACCAUUGGGUUCAUUUUUAAUUUAUUAGGGUAGUGCACCGUUUUUCAAAAUUGUGUAGCACUUGAAAAAAAUUAAUGCAAAACUGAUAUAUAUUACACUCGUACAAGUUGAUAAAUUUGAAUCACAUGGGUAAAAAGAAUUAGUAUCAUAUAGAAGUAACCACAUUAAUAGUUCUAAUGCGAGGUUUGGUGGUAAAGAUGGGAUGGGAUGGGACUCCAAAUAAUUGUGAGAUUAUAGGGUUUCAUAGGAUUAUUUUACAGUCGGGGAUUUCAAAUUUUGAAGGGUAAAAGGUUUUGGUAACUUUACUUGUAGCGGGGAGGUUUCUGGAUAUUGUUGUAGCAAUUUAGAAGGCGAAGGAAUAAUUUAAUAAGAUGGGAUGGUCAUAGCUCAGCCUUUUCCUUUUUCCUUAUCGAGGAGUUAUCCUGAUGAGGACAAGAUCCCAAUUAGGGGUUUCUCCCCUUUGGGAUCUAUACCCGGAGUGUAGGACUCAAGGUUAUUUGUAUGAAUGCCCCUCAUAUAUGAGGGGAUGGUGUAUGAUUGGCGUGGUUAGUGUGUUAGCGGCGGGGGCGGGGGCUCAAAUUCAGACCAGGAAGAAAUUUACAAAACAAGUCCAUCAAGAUUAUGCAUAAUGGAUUCUGGAUUUGGGAGAAUUUUUUAUCGAUUGACAUGAGGAUGAAAAAUUGUAAUGGUUAAAAUUAUAUCGUUAAAUUCUCAGGGCCUAAAUUCUCCUUGUAAGAGAGCGAUUUUGUUUGACUAAAUUAAGAGAGAAAAAGCUCAAAUUAUCUUUUUACAAGAGACGCAUUGCAGAAGAGAGGACAGUUUAAGAUUUGUCGCAUAAAGGUUUUCAAUAGUAGUAUCCGCCUCAUUAGAGAAGCAGAGGAAGAGAGGGGUGGCUAUUCUGAUAAGUGACGAUAUAGAUGCUAAAAUAAUUUAUCAAGAAAUAGACGAUGAAGCUAGAGUUAUAAUACUGAUAAUCAAAAUUCAAACAGAAAUUUAUACUCUAGUAAAUAUUUAUGCACCUAAUAAUCCUUCCAAUAAGUAUUUCUGUGAUCUUUUAGAUAAAGUUUAAAAAAUAAAACAGGGUAAACUACUUCUAACGGGGGAUUUCAAUCGAAUUCUGGAUGCUAGUUUAGACAGAAAAACAUUAAAUAUUGCUGGGCCAAAUAAAGCUGCAAUUUCGCAGGCAGUUCAAUUUCAAAAGAUACUCAGGAAAUAUGGAUAAAUGGAUAUAUGGCUUGUGUUUCAUCCAAUGGAGAGGGAUUUUACAUGUUUCUCUAGAACCUAUUUUUCAUAUUCAAGAAUUGACUUAUUCUUGGGUAAUGAUGGUUUGGCCAAUUGUACUAAAAAAGUUCUUAUAGAUGAAGUCUCAUGGUCCGACCAUAAUGCUAUAAUUUUGGAGUUGGACAUAGAGAACAAUAGUGCUAGAAGAACAAACUGUAGAUUAAAUGAUAACAUCCUUUCUAGAAAAGAAAAUAGAGAAUAUAUUGAGGAGAUGACAGAAAGGUUUUUUCAGGAAAAUGAGGGUGGAGAAGUCUCACUCCCAGUAGUAUGGAACGCAUAGAAAUGUGUUACAAGAGGCUAUCUAAUUAAAUUGGGUACAAUUGAUAAAGAAAGGAGGGGAAAUCCCUGAUGGAUCUCUAUGUUGAUUAUUAUAAAUUAUCUAAUGAAAAUAAAGCCUCACCAACCCAGGAGAUAAGUACAAAAAUGUUAUUAACGCAAAAUAGUAUAAAUGAAUUAUUAUUUGAGGAAAAAAAUAGAAAUUUACAAUCCUUAAAGAUAAAUUGGUACUAUAAAUUGAAAAAUAAAAAACAACUCAGGAGGAUUCAUAAAAUUGAGACCGAAAAGGAAACGUUUUGGUGCCCAAAGAAAAUUAGGUCAUCCUUUAAUGACUAUUAUAGCCGAUUAUAUAACUUAGAAUCUGUAGGUCAACAAGUUCCCUCAUCUGAAUAUUUUAAAAACAAAAAAUGCCUAAAAUAACUAGAGAACAAUUUAUGGAAAUAAAUAAACCAAUAAUUUCUGAUGACAUUAAAGUAGCAAUAAAUAAGUAACAGAUCAACAAAGCCCCUGGCCCGGACGUUUACUCAAAUAAAUUCUGUAAGAUAUUCAGAGAUACUCUUUUAGUGCGUCUUGCUAGGAUAUUUAAUGAGAUAGUGGUAAAUCGUACAUUUCUUAAAGAGAUGCUUCAAGCAAAUAUUGUCCCAAUCUUGAAGUCGGACAAAGAUCCAGCUAAAUUGGCGAAUUACCGCCCUAUAUCUCUUCUCAACGGAGAUGUAAAGAUCUAUGCCUCGAUCAUAGCAGACAGCUAAAAAAUCUGUAUUUCCGCCCUGAUACACCAGGACCAGGCCGGAUUCAUUCCUGGCAAAACAGCUUCAGGUGGUCUCAGAAGGAUAUUGGAUGUUCAUGAUGCUGCAUCGAGGAAGAAUGUUUCCCUUCUGACCCUGUCAUUGGAUGCUGAGAAAGCUUUUGACAGGGUCAGAUGGGAUUUUCUGGGGAAUGCAUUGAAGUUGUAUGGCAUAGUGGGGGCAGUCUAUGAUGCCAUUAUGGCAUUAUUUACUAUACCUUCAGCAAGGACGGUAGGUCUAGGAAUAGAUGCAGACUGGUUUAAUAUCACGAAUGGCACUAGACAGGGCUGACCCCGGUCCCCUUUGCUUUAUGUUUUAACCAUCGAGCCCCUGGCGGAAGAUAUAAGGCAAAAUGGGAAGAUUAAGGGACUCAGGUUAAAUAAAGUAGAACAUAAGAUCCAUUUAUAUGCUGACGACGUCAUGCUUAUGUUGUAGAAUCCUAGAUCCUCGCUGCCGGAAUUGAUAAAGAUACUAGGUCAGUAUAGUGAAUACUCAAAUUAUAAAUUAAAUACUAGUAAGACUACAAUAAUGAUAACUAAUAUAUCUAGUGAAUAUAAGCUUUUUAUUAAAAUAUCUUAUGAUUUUGUCUGGGCAAAGGACAAUACUAUGUUCCUUGGUAUUAAAAUACCAAGAAACAUAAAAAAAGUUAUAGAGGUUAAUUUUCUCCCCCUCAUAAAAUAUACAGAUAAAACCUUAAAAGAAUGGGCUAGUAGGGAGAUUUCCUGGAUAGGGCGUAUAAACACUAUUCGCUCAUACAAGUCCCAAUUCCCUGGUUAAAAAUGAUACAGUCAGCUUUCUCUAAAUUCAUUUGGAAGGGUAAAUAACCCAGAAUAAGUUUACAUUUGUUAUCUAAGAAAAAAAAAAGAAUGGGGUCUUGCUGCCCAAAUAUAAGAGAUUAUCACAAUGCCUGGAUGUCGGCACAUGCUGUUAAUACCUUAAGUACAGAUCAAAAAGAUCAAGCCUGGUACCAAAUAGAGCAAUCAUUAGUAGAGACAGACCGUAUGUCCACCCUAUUUUGGGCAACAAGAAAGGAGAAAAAUAAGAGCAAACCAGUAUGUCCAGGAAAUUCGAUUAUUAUUGACAGUAUUUUGAGACACUGGAAUAAAAUCAAGAAAGACUUUAAAAUAGAAUACAGACUUUUCCAUUCUUACCCAUAGAGGCGAUUAAGGGGAAUAUUGGGGAUAUUAAUAUCAGCGGAUGGUCACAGAAGGGAAUUAAGAAUAUUCAAGAGAUUAUAGAUAGAAAGGGAAUCAAGCCAUUCAACCAGCUACAAAUAGAGUUCGAGAUUGAUAACACGGAGAUAUUUACAUAUUUAAGAAUCAAGUUUUAUUUGGUGAAAUUCUUGGAUUUCCAGGUUAAUAAAACCUCAAGUAAUCUUAAAAAGAUUUUGGAAACUCAUAGAAUUAAAGGCCAUAUUACUAGAUGUUACGAGUUCUUAAAGGACUCUCAGAAGCCCUAUGUCUGGAAAUUUAAGAUCAAGUGGGAAAAAUAUCUACAUAUUGAAAUUACUGAGCAAGAUAUGAUAAGUGCGAUAGUUAAGGUCAAUAAAUCGGUACAUUGUCUGAAUAUAGUAGAGAAUUUUUAUAAACAGAUGGUAUAUGGUCCCAGAAAAACUGGCUAAAAUUUAUAAAGAUCAGAAUCAUGUUUGUUGGAGAUGUGAUGAUGGGAAAGGAGAUUAUCUCAAUGUAUGGUGGCAAUGUAAAUCUUUAAGCAAUACAUGGAAGAAUAUCUAUCAACAGAUUUAUAAUACCUGCCAGAUAUAUAUAUACCUUUCACAGCACAGAGCUUUUUGUUACAUCAGGGAUGGCCCUCUAUGCCUAUUGAAAAAAGCAUGUUAAUAAUACACAUUUUAAUGGCAGCUAAGAUAAUUCUAGCUAGGCACUGGAAAAGCAAUAAAGUGUUAGAGUAGGCUGAAAUUAAAAAAUAAGUAAGAUACCAAUGUAAAAUGGAAAUUGGAAUAAUUCAAGGAAACUCUGUUGGUUUGAAGAAAAUUAGUAGGUGGAAAAAUAUAGUUGACAAGUUUAUGGCUAGUAAUGAAGGUUUAUAAUAUAGAAGGUUUGUGAUGCCCCAGGUGUGUGACUCCGGAGAGAAACUAGCGAAAGAUGCACCCAUUUGGGAAGUAAAUGCAUAAAUGGCUAGAACAAUGCUAGUUCCUCGGGACUGUAUGUGUGUUUUAGUGUGAAUGUUGUUUGGUGAUACCUCAAUUCUGCUACUUAUGUAACUUAUAGAUACUAUAAUCCUACUGCGGUUUAUUUCAGCUCUGCAAUAUAUGGAUUUUUAUGUGUACGUAUUUAAAGUUAUAUGAAGCACUGUCGGUAUAAAUGCACUUUAUAGACAUCUGUUUUAAUGGAAACACAUUUAUUUGUAUAUAUUUGUAUUGCUCAUUGAGGUAUUGUACGUAUUUUUCAUAAUUGUAAAAAAAAAUUUGGAAAAAUAAAAAUAUAUUAAAAAAACAACAACAUACUUUUGGAAACUAUAUGAACACAGUAUACAAGUCAGGGCAGGGUAUUUUCCCCCAUGGCACUAGCAUUCAAUGUUUGUAGGACAGAACCCCAAACCACCCCUCAGUUGCUGAUUAAAAGUAACUGGAGGUGUGCUGCAUGGGAUAACAUAAAUAGGUCUAUAUCUCAUUAUACGAAGAGUCUUAUUGUACCUAUAGAAAUCUUUAACAUAUGAACCCUAAGUGGCACAUAUUUGUCCCCUUAGAUAUUCUUUGGUUCCUAUGUUGAUGGUGUGAUGGGCUGUUGGCAUAUUACUGCAGAGGAUGGCAAGAAUUGUGAAGGGAUUUACUCGCCCAGCCCUGUGUUCGUUUGUGAUCUCCAGAUCUAGACUUGCAUACCAUGAUAUUUCCAGGGAGACCUUACCUGUAGAAUGUUAGGCUGACUGGGCUCUUAGAAUUUUAUGCUCAUAUUCCAUAGAACUCAAGACUAUGUCAUCCUCCAUUUGUCAAACCCUGUAUCAGAUGUGCAUUAUGGGUAGAUUUACGUUCAAAGGCAUCCAUCAAUUCUUUAUGCCAUACAUUUGUUCUGAUCCUCAGGCCAAAUGUUGCCACCCCUUUGUUGCCCUAGUUGUCCUUCAUGAGGAAUAAAAGACCAGCCUUUGGACACAAAUCCAUCUAUCCAUUUUUUCUCCUCUAAUUUCUCUAUUUUCUAAAAACUUUUAUUUUUUCCUGUAUUAUUGAAAUGUGUCUAUAAAUUACAAUAAAUGGACUUGAUCUUGUUCUUAACCUCAUCUCCAGUUAUUGAAAGUGACAAUGUCACGUGCAGGGACAUGUUUUUGCCACGUUCCCCCCAGGUGAUACGUCUGCUUAUAAGGAGAUGCUGGAUGUAGUUAGGAGGAAAAGGUUGAUGCUUUUACCUGAAGCUCUCUCUCCUCAAAGCUGCCAUUCUUUGUUUAACCUUCAUCGUCAUCUUAUGGCAGCUAAUUUUGCGAGAAGCUAAAUAAUUGUUGUACUCUUGCAUAUGUAAAAGUCAAUGACAGAUACCACAAGACCAAGAGAUUUUCCAUAAUACUUGUAAAUGCGCAAUAGGCAUUUAUUGUGUAUUGUGUGAGAAGAUUCCUUUCCCCCCAGCAGUCAUCAUGUAAUGUAGGUGAGCAGAAGCUUGUUCUGCCUUUUACCACAUUUUACAAAAAUUAUACAAGUACAUAGGACAAAGUAAUCCUUUGUUUUUUUGCAUGCAUAUUUUCAGGGUUCUUAUAUUUUCCUAUUAUGUUGUAGUUUCAGUGAAAUAGGAAUUUUUCAAAAAGAUUCAAUCUUUGUGGAAAAACAAAAAAAUGACUUUAAAUCAGUGAUCAUUAAGACACCUCAACACUCUGGAAUAUUUAAGGCAGCAGCUACACCCCUUAAUCACAUCCACGUAAAGGAAAGUUCUCCUCUUUUGACAUUUAAAAUGUCGCACUUAUACACUUACCCGGAGUGAAUUUCUUCUCUCUAAAUUUUUACUCGCUAGUGGCAACUGGCUAAAAGAAAUUUUGAGCCCUGAUAUAAUUUGAAAAAUAAAUUGCGGGUUAAUGUGACUUCUAACUGCUGCUUGAGUACUAUGAUGAUCCUUUAAAUCAGUGGUUCCCAACCUAGCCCUCAAGUACCCACUAACAGUCCAGGAUUUAGGGAUUUCCCAGUUAUGUCUAAGGUGUGUUUAGAAAGAAGAAAAUAUCACUUUAGACACAACAGGGUAAUACCUAAAUCCUGGACUGGUAGGGGGCACUUGAGGACUGGGUUGGGAACCACUGCUUAAAGUGAUCGGUUGGAGAAUGAAAUAACAUUGUUGAAGUUGGAAUUUAAACUCUUGGUUAUUGAAAAAUGUCUGUAUUUCCUCUGACUACUAGUUACUAGCAAGGGGUGGUUUAUUUGUAUUUUGCUUCUUGCACUAGUGAAGUCACACUUGAUAGUUUAAUAGAGUUUUCUCUGAGCCCAGUUCACUAAACGCACAUCAUUUCCAUAAUCUACUUAUAGCCAUGUAUUUAUAUGUGUGUAUAUCUGUCAAUAAAGAUAAGAUUUAUUAUUGACCCACGUGUAUGCCUAGUUAAUAUAGAAAAGUUCAGUAGAGGGUAUUAAAUAUUCUUUCAUUUUCUUGGCUCUAGUAUUAUUGCUGCAAGAAAGACGAACUCCAUGAAGAGGGAGAGGAGGAUACAGAUCAUAGACCUCACUCGCACUUCCCCUGUCAUGACUGCUCCUCAGGACACCGGGAUGGGUUACCUCCACCCUCUACAGCACCAGCCUAUUCCCCAUACGGCUCUCCUUACUAUAUACGGACUGCAGACUCCAUGUGCAAUGGAAGGGAUAGAAGUUCAUACACUCCUACCCACUACACAGACCCAACCAUUGUGAUGGGUGGAACACCAAAUUUUUCUAGGAGCAUCCACGCUCUCAGUACCCAGGUCUGAAGGAAAUGGAUUUCACCACGAUGCUGAUUGGAGGAUUCGAAAAGCUUUAUCACUGCCAAAAAGAUCACACUGGAGGGGUCAUAUCUCUCUAUUAACUAUGGGAACGUAAUUCGUUUUAGAGACAGUUUUCAGUAACAAUAACCUAAAGAGAGGCAGAAUGACCCCUAGGCUUCCAUAGAGGACCAUCACAUUGAGUUUUGGCACUUCACUUCUUCCAGGGACUGUGUGUCUCGCACAGUUUCAUACACCCUGGAUUUGAGUUAACACUGUCUCCUGGACACAGAGAGAUUGCCAAAUGUUCUAUUAAAAAUCCACAUUCCAGAACCAUUAAGAGUACCUGGAGUAGAUGAUGGGUAAAAGGACUCUUACAUUCAUAUUGGUCCUCAUUUUACAUAUUUAAUAAGCAUGUAUAUUACAUUCAACAGGGCCUGUCUGAGGUUCUGGAAAGAAGAAAAUGAGUUGCUAGAAUGGACUCCAUGGCACGUUCAUAAUUUCCACCUGGGGAUAUUUAAUUAUUAUUACAUUGACAGUGUCCCCUAUACAUUUGGAAAUACUCAUCACUAUAUAGAAGUUAUGAAAUGCUGCACUGCUCUUUUAUAACAUUGGUAGGUUUACAUUGAGAUAUAUAUAUUUGUUUAGUUGUAGAACGUGUGCCUCCCAUUUUGAAUCUAUCUCUAAAUCACUAGGGGGCAGUAAUGAGUCACUGACAUUCAUCUUCAAUGGCUUUUAUUUUUAACGUUGAAAAAGGUUCUAAAGUCUUUGUAAACCAAUAAAAAAAAUUAUCAGAAACAUGACAUUGGAUGGCAAUGAGGUGGGGAGGGAUGAUCAUCUGAAAUAGAUAGCUGGAAUGUUGCCAAUCUGAAUGGAUGUAACAACUUGUACUAUAUUUUAAAAUAUAUCAGAAAUGAAUUGCUCAAGGGUAUUACAUUUCUUAUUUCUCUUAUUACCACAAUUGCCUGAAAUAUAUUAUGAUAUGAACUUCUUAUUUUGUUGUUUCAUGGUCUAGGACAGGGUUCUCCAAACUCUGGCCUUUCAGAUGUUGCUAAACUAAAACUCCUGUGAUUCUUUGAAUGAAAUUGAUAGCCAGAUAAUCAUGGGAACUGUAGUUCAGCAACAUCUGGAGGGCCAGAGGUUGGAGAACCCUGGUCUGGAAGAAUAAGUGUGCAAUUUUUCUCAAAGGUUGUAAAUGAACAGAUUUAUAGAAUAAAGCAACUAAAAAUAUAUAAAUUAUAUGGGGAGUCAAAUAAGUGCUUGGACAAAGUAUGAUAAAAAAGAGUUUGCAAUGUUUCCAAUAUUUUCUUAUUUAUUUAUUUAUGUAUUUUUCAUGUUUUUGGCCCUUACAGCACAGAACUACCCCUUGUGAACACCAGGUGGCCGCCCUGACACUAAUUCUGGAAUCCCAAUGUGACUUUGAUUUUAGAACUAUAAAAUUCUUUCUGAACUCUUUUUUUUUUCUUUUCUUCUAUCUAAAAAUUAUAAUGAGAUGUGAAAAUAUCUUUAUUGAGACAGACAUAAAAAAACGCCAUCUUAAACUUAAAAGCAAUUUUUCUCUGAAUUUGAUUAUUAUGAAUUACAGCUUUGUGGGUAGCAGGAUAAUAUGUUCUAAAGCUUUGGGUAAAUGCUCCAAAAUAUAAAAUUAACUUUAUUAUUAUUCACAUUUAUAUAGAGCCAAUAUUUCUUGCAGUGCUUUACAAUCAACGGGGCUAUAAAUCAGCAAAUAAAUGACAAAUGAAUAAAUGUGUACAUAAAGGUGAGAAGGGACCCUGGUAAAACAAAAACAAAAAAAAUAAAUAAACUUGUAAUGAAGGAAAAUGAUUUGUGAAAUAUAAGAAUAUUAUAUCUUUAUUAUAUUAAGGAAAAUAAUAUUGAUUGUGUAUUUUGCUUUUCAUUUUUGGUAUUAUAUAUUUGCAUUUGUUAAAACUAAUGAGUGCUCUGUUCUGAUGUGGUUUGAGACAUAAACGCUUUAUUUCCAAUCAAACUUUCUCUUGCCUGUAGAUCAGUAAGAUAAGUUUGUGAGUUCAAACCAUAUCGAAUGGGUGUUACAGCUCUUGAAAUAAAAUAUAAGAGCAUUUUACUGUGCCAGCUCUCAGGGGGUUUGCAAGAAAAAGCUAUCUUGAGAAACACAUCAGAUUUAAAUAAAACACAGACUUAAACUAUGUAGUAUAAUAUCUGUUUCAUAUUGGUGCCACUUGAUUAUAAUUAUGUUUCUUGGGGGGAGAUAUAAAAAAAAAAUAAACUCACC